AAUUGUGUUGAUAUGUUUAGUGAUGUUUUCAGUGUACUCUAAGUGUGGACGAGUAGUAUUGUUGUUUUAUCGAGUUAAAUAAUGGCGACCGCCAGUAGUUCGCCAUUGUGUUUAGCGUGUAUGUAUGUGCGCGUGCUUGAAUGAGAACGCGACCUAACCCCGGUUUCAUUACACCAGGUGCGUUUGCCGACGCUGAAUGCGAGCCCCCGGUUUCAUUAAGAUGCGUCUUACGAGCAGAGCUCUGGAGCGGCUCGAUCGAAUCAAGCGAGGAUUGCAGGAUCGCGCGAGAGUAGAGGCCCUCCCUGUUUUUAAAACCUAGUGACACCCCUCAAUUGGAGGAUCGUCCGGGAUCCAGCGCCACCUCGUUGAGAGAGCGGGAAUUACUACAGAGAGAACCCAUGCCCGGUGCUUCGAGGAAGGCUGCAGUGCAUCAUCCAGAGAGUAGAGGCUAAAGGAACUUAAGAUGGCUACCACAACUCCGCGAAGGAUGGUAGUCUUCCAAGAUACAAAAGCGACUCCUCACCUUUAGUAUCGGCCAGCUACACAUAGUCGCCAAUGCGACUGAUGACAGAUCAGGACUUCAUGCCGAGGCUCUGAGUGAACCAGAACUGUUGGAUUUGACUGUUGACUACCUAAAGAGCGAGAAGUUGAAACACAUGGAAGAUGAGGGCCUGGCUCGAACCUUUCACCUGGACGACACGCUCGAUCGACUAUUGAAAGCCCCGGAUGGAGAAGAUGCUGUCAGAGGAGUUGACAGGGGAGAAAUGAGCGAGGGCGUGCCCGUGAAAGCGGGGGGUAUGGAGCCUCGUCGACAGAACUGCUCGAUGACGGCGCCUGUGGACGCUCGCCUGCGGUCCUCGAUCUGGGAAAGUGACGUUUGCAUUUCUCAACUGGCCACGGAGGAAGAUGCUAAUGCGCCCAUUAAGAACGUUGCUACUUCAUUGCCAGCCAGAUCCAUCGCCAACACUGCAGGCAUUGCCCUUCGUGACCAAGCCAGUCUGUCAUCCAGUGUCGACAUUGGUGAAGUUUGUCAUUCUGAGCGGCAGCAGUUGUUUCACGUCAAAAAGAUGGCGGAUGAGAAGUUCCUAUGUAUUAAAGAGGAAGAGCAGGAGAUAUUCAUCCAGGUUUGGCACCCUCACGUUGAGGAGAGGUCACCUCCUUGCAUUAAAGAGGAGGAGGAAACGUUACCAUACAUCCAAGUGGAGCUGGAGGACAUCCCUAACUUGACUGAUGUCCCAUUGAAGAGUGAAGACAAAGGUCCAGGUGUGGACAGCGGAGUGGUGGAGCCCCUGAGCUGCAGCGGCUCAACAGAAGGUGAUGGAGACCACUGUGGAAGAUCAAACUCAAAUGAACUCAUAGCACCACUAUCAGACAUUGACCACUCAACGUCACACUCUUCUGAAUAUGAUGACGAUGAUGAUGAUGAUGAUGAUGAUGUGGAAGAGUAUGGGGGUCAAGAGACAGGUCGCGGUGUCAAACACUGGGAUUGCACGCAGUGUGGUAAGACGUUUCGUUAUAGGUCUUUGUUGCAACAGCAUAUGGCAAGACACACUGGAGAAAAACCUUUCAUAUGCUCAUUUUGCAAUCAGAAAUUUGCUCUGAAGGGAAGUUUAUCAAAACAUAUAAGAACACACACUGGUGAGAAACCUUUCUCCUGCACCGUUUGUGGUAAAACAUUUGCUCUGAAGGGAACCUUAAAAAAACACUCAAGAACACACACUGGGGAGAAACCUUUCUCCUGCACAGUUUGUGGUCAGAGUUUCUCUCGAAAGGGAAACUUGAAAAGUCACACAAGAACACACAGUGGCGAGAAACCUUUCUCGUGCUCGGUCUGUGAGCAAAAAUUUUCUCUGAAGGGCAGCUUAUUAAGACACACAAAAACACACUCUGGUGAGAAACCGUUCUCCUGCUUAAUAUGUGGUAAGAGCUUCUCUGAAAAGGGAACCUUAGAAAGUCACACAAGAACCCACACUGGUGAGAAACCUUUCUGCUGCGCUAUUUGUGGUAAGAGCUUCACUGAAAGGGGAACCUUAAGAACUCACGUAAGAACGCACACUGGGGAGAAACCUUUCUCCUGCACAGUUUGUGGUCAGAGUUUCUCUCGAAAGGGAAACUUGAGAAGUCACGAACGUAUACACACUGGUGAGAAACCUUUCUCCUGCUUAGUUUGUGGUAAGAGGUUCACUGAUAAGGGAACCUUAAGAGGUCACACAAGAAUACACACGGGUGAGAAACCUUUCAGCUGCUCCAUUUGUGGCAAGAGCUUCACGGAAAGGGGAGCCUUGAAAACUCAUAAACGUAUACACACUGGAGAGAAACCAUACUCGUGCUCAGCUUGUGAUCAGAGUUUUUCUCAGAAGGGACACUUAGAAGGUCACAAACGUACACACACUGGGGAGUAACCUCUCUCCUGCUCACUUUGUAGUAAGGGAUUCUCUGAAAAGGGAACCUUAAAUGGUUACGUGGGAGAAAUGUUUUUCUGCUCAGUUUGUGAGCUAAGAUUCUUGCAGAAAGGAUGCUUACAAUUUCACGCAAAAACCCACACUGGGGAGAAACAUUUCUCCUGCUGCUUUAAAAAUAACAACACAAAAUCAUUCUCUGGGGGGAAAAAAUGUGUCUUGCUUUGAUUCUGUGGCGCCAGGCUAAUAAACACAAGUGUGUUGGUGCAAAAAGGAAUGACUAUUGAGGGCUUUGCCUGUGAUCCAAGUUUGAAUUGUCACUUUGUAUAUGCAGGACGAUUAGUAUUCUGUGGUCCUUGUUAUAGCCCUCCUGUGGACUAGUAUGGAGAAUUGUGCUAAAACACGUCUUUCAAUGCAUGUUUUUCUUCCCUGUUCUGGCAAUGCGCAUAAUUAGCAAGAAAAUAAGUGAUUGAAAUUGGAAACUAAUGGAUAUUCCUAUUGUAAUCUUAUAUACAUAUUCAGAUGUUUUUUCUUUGUUAUACUCUGUUAUCUAUCUGAAUAGACAGUUGUUUGUUCCCCCCUAUUUCUUUUUGUAACUUUUUUUUACAAAUAAAAUAUCCAAAUAUGUAAAAAUAGAGACCAUGAUUUUCCUUAUCGAACAUUUUCUAAAUAAAUCCAUACAACGAAUACCAUGCAUAAUUACUUUUUUUAU